AAUUCUUCCGAGAGCCACAAUUGCGCCAGAAGCAUCUUGACCUCAGACAGGCUGCAGAUAGUUGUGACCCUUGCAGAGUUCUUUAACGAGACCUGGGAGGCAGCCAACUGUGCAAAUUGUUUAAAGAACAGCAGCGAGGGAUUAUCAAAUUCUACUGUAGAAUUCCUGGAUUUAUUCAAUAAAUCUCUGACAUGUUUUGAACAUAACCUUCAGGGACAAACCAUCUAUCUGUCACCAAAUAACUACACAGAAGUAUGUAAAAACUGCAACGAAACCUACAAAAUGUUGAAUGACCUGUAUAACAACUUGCAAAGCAUUAACAGGCAAGGUGGUGAGUCUGGGCACUCCACACACUUGUGUAUUGACGUGGAAGAUGCAAUGAACAUCACUCGGAAGCUUUGGAGCAGGACUUUCAAUUGCUCUGUUCCCUGCAGUGAUACAGUCCCAGUGAUUGCAGUUUCAUCCUUUAUUCUCUUCCUACCUAUUGUAUUUUAUCUCAGUAGCUUCCUUCACUCCACGCAGAAGAAACGGAUACUCAUUUUGCCCAAGCGCAUCCAGUCAAAUGCCAGUCUUGUGAACAUCCAAGAAAAAUACAGCUGAGCUGCAAAACAAAACCUGAGAACUGCUGCUGGUAUACAGUGGGUACAAUUGUGUUGGAAUGAGGCCGGCACAAAAGAGGAGUUAAUUAUGGUUUAGUGUAAUGAUACAGAGCAACACAAGUUAAACAAAAUGCUGUCUGACUUCUAAGCGAGGAUAUUAACAAACAUGACAAGGCAGGGCUGUGUGACACUGUAUGGACUCUGGUUUUGAAAAAUCUGGGGUUUUUUUUCAGUCUC